AUGAAUAAUCUGCGUGAAAAGUUCUGGAUUAUUCAAACUCGCAAAGCGGUACGUUCCGUUAUCCACAAAUGUAAGAUAUGCCGCAGACACUCUGCAAAAACAAUGGAAGCCCCUCCUGCAGUUUUACCAGAAGAUAGAGUAAGAGAUGCCAAUACAUUUGAAAAAACAGGCAUCGAUUUUGCAGGGCCGCUUUUCUUAUCUGACGGACAUAAGGCAUACAUUUGUCUUUUCACAUGUGCUGUUUAUCGAGCAAUACAUAUAGAGCUCGUUACCACAUUAUCAAUGGAAGGUUUUUUCGAAGCCCUCAGGCGAUUUAUAGCACGCAGAGGAAGACCAUCUAUUAUCUAUAGUGAUAAUGGAAGAAACUUCGUGGGAGCAUCGAAUCUCUUAAAAAGAAUUAACUGGAAGAAGAUAGCUAGGCACGGAGCUAUUAACGAAAUAGAAUGGUAUUUUAACCCACCUUCAGCUGCUUGGUGGGGAGGAUGGUGGGAGCGCUUAAUACGCAUUUUAAAGGACCUAUUGAAAAGGACAUUGGGAAGAACCUCACUCAAUUAUGAGGAGAUGUUCACAGUUUUAUGUGAUUGUGAGGCAGUGAUAAAUUCGAGGUCACUCACGUAUAUGACAGAAGAAGCUGCGGAAGCAGUUGCAAUCACACCUGCAAUGUUUCUUCAAGAUAUUCAAGAAGAGGGAAUACCAGACUUAGAUCAAAUUGGUAGAACCCAGUUGGCGAAAAAUUUACGUUAUCGUCAGAGAUUAAAAGAAGAGUUAAGGAAACGAUUUCGCAUCCAGUACCUGGGACAAUUGUCUCGAUGGAGCAAACGCAAAUAUAAUACAAUCUCGGUCUUAGUAGGCGAUAUCAUACUUGUGGUCAAUGAUUUGCAAAAACGUAUUAAUUGGCCUAUGGCAAGAAUUAAAGAACUUUUCCCAGGAAAAGAUGGCAUAGUACGUGUUGUGAAGCUACAGACAUCCGAUGGAGAAUUGAUUCGUCCGAUACAAAAAUUAAUUCCCUUAGAAAUGAAGCUCUGUGACGAGAACUUUAAACGAUACGCAGAUUUGGUCACGCCGGCCAUUGAGGUUCAAGACUAUCCUGAAUCUACUCCUGAACUAACAACAAGGACAAGAAGCGGACGAAUCAUAAAGAAGCCAGAGCGACUGGAAUUUUAA